AUGAUUAGAAAUAACAUAUUACGUGUUGGUAGGAGAAAUAUAACCGUCUCUACUGAACAAUUACUACCAAAGAAGUAUGGUGGCCGUUAUACCGUUACUUUAAUUCCUGGUGACGGUAUCGGAAAGGAAGUUACUGAUUCAGUUGUGUCUAUAAUAGAGGCUGAGAAUGCUCCUAUUGACUGGGAAUGUAUUGAAAUUUCUGGUUUAGAUAACCACGGCGAGGGUGUACAAAGGGCUGUUGAUUCUUUGAAGAAAAAUAAAGUUGGUUUGAAGGGUAUUUGGAGUACUCCUGCUGACCAAACAGGUCAUGGGUCUCUGAACGUUGCUUUCAGAAAGCAAUUGGACAUUUUUGCUAAUGUUGCUUUGUUCAAGUCUUUCCCAGGUGUCAAGACUAAGAUACAAGACGUUGAUUUGGUUAUUAUCAGAGAAAACACUGAAGGUGAAUACUCUGGAUUGGAACAUGAAUCCGUUCCAGGUGUUGUUGAAUCUUUGAAGAUCAUGACCAAGGCCAAGUCUGAAAGAAUAGCAAGAUUUGCUUUUGAUUUUGCUUUGAAGAACAACAGAAAGUCUGUCUGUGCUGUGCAUAAGGCUAACAUCAUGAAGUUGGGUGAUGGUUUGUUCAGAAACAUUGUCAACGAGGUCGGUAAAAACGAAUACCCUGAAAUUGAAGUCAAGAACAUUAUUGUGGACAAUGCCUCCAUGCAGGCAGUGGCAAAGCCCCAUCAAUUCGAUGUUUUAGUGACACCAAACUUAUACGGUUCCAUUUUGGGUAACAUUGGUGCCGCUUUGAUUGGUGGUCCAGGUUUAGUUCCAGGUGCAAACUUUGGCAGGGAAUAUGCUGUGUUUGAACCAGGUUGCAGACAUGUUGGUCUAGACAUCAAGGGACAAGAUGUUGCUAACCCAACUGCUAUGAUCUUGUCUUCCACAUUAAUGUUGAGACAUCUAGGCUUGAACAACUUUGCAGACAGAAUCUCCCAUGCUACCUACAGCGUUAUUGCUGAAGGUAAGCACACUACUAGGGAUAUCGGGGGCUCUUCUUCUACUACAGAAUUUACGAACGCCAUCAUUAAAAAGCUGGCAACUUUAUGA